AUGGGUCAAGAGCUGUGUGCAAAGGCUUUGCAGCCUGGAUGCAGCUGCCAUCGCUGUUGGGAGGGAGGCAACACACACAGCUGUCAGAGGAGCGCGCCUGUGAUGACGGAGGCUGCGAUCGAGCUAACAGACCUAAAAGGAGCAUCAUGUUCCAUGACUUCAUUUCACCUCAGGGGACUUCAGGCUGUGCAUGCCCGGAAGUUCAAGAGUAAAAGGCCACGGAGUAACAGCGAUUCUUUUCAGGAAGAGGAUCUGAGGCAAGGUUUUCAGUGGAGGAAGAGCCUCCCCUUUGGGGCAGCUUCAUCUUACUUGAACUUGGAGAAGCUGGGUGAAGGUUCUUAUGCAACAGUUUACAAAGGGAUUAGCAGGAUAAAUGGACAACUAGUGGCUUUAAAAGUCAUCAGUAUGAAUGCAGAGGAAGGAGUCCCAUUUACAGCCAUCCGGGAAGCUUCACUCCUGAAGGGUUUGAAACAUGCCAACAUUGUGCUGCUGCAUGACAUAAUACACACCAAAGAGAAACUGACAUUCGUAUUUGAAUAUGUGCACACAGACCUGGCUCAGUAUAUGUCUCAGCACCCAGGAGGGCUUCAUCCUCAUAAUGUCAGGCUUUUCAUGUUUCAACUUUUGCGGGGCCUGGCAUACAUCCACCACCAACAUGUUCUUCACAGGGACCUGAAACCUCAGAACUUACUCAUCAGUCACCUGGGAGAGCUCAAACUGGCUGAUUUUGGUCUUGCUCGAGCCAAGUCCAUUCCCAGCCAGACAUAUUCUUCAGAAGUUGUGACUCUCUGGUACCGCCCUCCUGAUGCCUUGCUGGGAGCCACUGAGUAUUCCUCUGAAUUGGACAUAUGGGGUGCAGGCUGCAUCUUUAUUGAAAUGUUCCAGGGUCAACCCUUGUUUCCUGGGGUUUCCAACAUCCUUGAACAGCUGGAGAAGAUCUGGGAGGUGCUGGGAGUCCCUACAGAGGAUACCUGGCCUGGAGUUUCCAAGCUACCUAACUACAACCCAGAAUGGUUCCCACUGCCUAAGCCUCAGAGCCUUCAGAAUGUCUUCAACAGGCUGGGCAGGGCUCCUGAAGCAGAAGAUCUGGCCUCCCAGAUGCUGAAGGGCUUUCCAAGAGACCGUGUCUCAGCCCAGGAUGCGUUGGUUCACAAUUAUUUCAGUGUCCUGCCAGCUCAGCUGCACCAGCUUCCAGAUGAGGAAUCGUUGUUUACAGUUUCAGGAGUGAGGCUGAAGCCAGAAAUGUGUGACCUUUUGGCCUCCUACCGGAAAGGUCACCACCCAGCUGGGUAUAGCAAAUGCUGGUAA